CAAACGCGUGUACCGCCGUGUGGAGACAUGGCUGCGAGGGUAGUUUUUAAGUGACGUAAACUGAAGAUGAUUUGAGAAUUGACAGAGAUCUUGAUUGAGUAAAGAAAUUACUCCUGCCAACUAAACAGAACAUUCUUAAGAGUCGAGAGGGGAAGGGUUUUGCCAGGAACGCUAAAGAAGUAAAGUUGGGAAACAGCAACUAAUAAUAUCGAGACGGUAACUGCGAGCGUUGAACCAGCUCGUAAGGUUCACUCAGGCCACCCGACAGACACUCUCUGCUGGCCUAGCCCUAACUCGGAAGGAGAAUUAUGGCCAAAUAUCAGAGCCAAACGCCGGGCCAGUUUAAGUACGCAUUAUUAACGCUAGUUGUCUGUCUGAUUUGUUACAGGACAUCAGCCACAACGCCGAACGAAUUAGCAUGUUCAUAUGUUAAAUACGCGUAUUCUGAAAAGGGCUUCAGUGAUGAUGAUGUACCUGGUGAAGCGAUUCCAGGUGACCAUUUACGGAUAUGUGACCGUAGUUACACGUGUUGUACUGAAGAAAUGGAGCACAAACUAAGUACACACAGCCGAGUUGAGUUCGACAAACUUCUGAAGGACGGUAUCGGUUCAUUAAAAAACAAGUUUGCUUCUAAGACAUCGAAAUUUGACAAAUUCUUUCAAGAAAUGUUGGACAAGUCUCAGAAGGAAUUCCACGAGAUGUUUCUUCGAACAUACGGUAUGUUGUACGACAGGAAUUCAUACAUCUUCAAGAGUAUGUUCCAGGAUCUCAGGAGUUAUUAUAAUUCAGGAGGAAUCGACCUGUCCAAAGCACUUGGCGCGUUCUUUGAUACGCUCUACAGGAAAAUGUUUGAGGUUUUGAAUAAUCAGUACACCUUCAGCGACAGUUACCUUGCCUGUAUCAGUGAUCACAUGGAAGAACUGAAACCUUUUGGCGACGUUCCAAGGAAACUAACGUUAGAAUUAAAACGAUCUUUCAUCGCAACUCGAACUUUUGUGCAAGCUCUGGCAGUGGGCAGAGAUGUCGUCCGAGAAAUCAUGGAGGUUGGACCAAGCCCCGAGUGUAGUCGUGCACUGAUGAAGAUGUCCUACUGUCCUCAUUGCAAGGGUCUUCCAGAUCUUAAACCGUGUGCCAACUAUUGUUUGAAUGUCAUGAAAGGUUGCCUGGCUCACCAUGCUGAACUUGAUCCUGAAUGGAAUGCUUACAUAGAGUCUCUCUUGAUGCUGGCUUCCCGACUAGAAAGCUCGUUUAACAUUGAAGCUGUAGUCGAUCCUAUUGAAAUAAGAAUUUCUGAAGCAGUGAUGAACUUUCAGGAGAACGGUCCAGCAGUGUCGAAAAGAUUGUUUGAGAAAUGCGGUAAACCUCGCCUAGGAAAACGAGAAGCUAGGAAGGAGUUAGAGUUCAAGACAUAUACUUUUGGCUCUCGUCAUAACUUCCACAGAGCUACUAAAAGUGGCUUGGAUCGGCUUGUUGAUAAAAUUAAAAAGAAAAUUAGACGAACAAAAGAUUUUUGGUCAAAUCUUCCCAACGAACUGUGUAGUAAUCCGAAAGUUACAGGAGAUCGAAACACCAGGAGUAAUCAAGAAGGCUGUUGGAAUGGGUUAACCAAAGCUAAGUAUGAUGCCAGUCUAGUAGGAAAUGGAUUGGUCAAUCAAAAGGACAACCCAGAGGUCAGUUUAGAUGUAACCACACAAAACAGUGUUAUAGCUCGGCUGAAACUAACAUUACAACUUAUUACUUCAAAAUUAAACAACGCUUACAGAGGAGUUGAUGUGGAGUGGGAAGACACUUCUGAGACGGAGUGGGCAGCCAGUGGCAGUGGCAGUGGAAGUGGCUGGAUGCCGGAAGACACUGAAGAUGAUAGUUCUCCUGACAUUUACUUUAGUUACUCCACUACUAGAGCUCCUGCUGCCCCGAGAUGGCCAGUUGAGUCCACAGAACAACCUUCAGAAAAGCCAUCAGCAGCUCCAGAAAUGUUAUCGUCCAAUCUUUUAGUGAUUUUGUUAGCUAUGUUAAUGUCCAGUGUCAUCUAUUUGUGAAGGUAGAAAUUAUCAGUAGUACUACCAUUUGGAGAUCAAUGCUUGGUAUUUUUCAAACAGUAUAUUUCCUCAAGAGGAGAAAUAACAAACUGACUAUUUGAAAUAGAAGACCACAACUUUUGGACUUGAAGAAAGAAAAUUUAUUAAACAGAUUUUUUACUCAGGAGUUUUUUUGGGAAAGGAUGUUGUUGGAAAAAUUUGGUGAAAAAAAGAUUACUAGUGUUCUCCCUGUAUUUUUACCACAUGUGAAUUUCCCACAAAUAUAAAAAUUACUUAUUUUUAUAAACUCUGCAUUUGAGGAAUUCAAUUGGUAAAACUGAUGGUCAACUUAACUCCAUGAUGUACAUCUCCGGAGCUUUAAGAAUUGAUUUUAAAAACAAAUAUUACAGAAGUCUUAAUAAUAAACAAAAUAAGCUCCGACAAUCAAUCAGGAAAGUUGCACUUUCUCCGUGUAUUGAUUCAUAUAUAUAUAUCAGUUUAUAAUAAAUAUUGGAAAACUUUAAUUUUUAAGCAAAAUCAGGUCCUAAUAAACGUAUUUACAAAACCAUUGUUUGUAACCUAAGAUCCAGUUAAAUUAGGUUACAAAAAUUUAUAAUUAUCUGAUUACUUAAUUAAUUCACUUCCUUUGGGAGUAGAAACUUUUUUUAAUGUAUAGUCAGAUUUUUCUUGUACUUACAGUUAACAUAGCUAUUAUUAUCCUCAUGUAAAAUUAGUAGUGAUACUGUUGUGAUGUGUUGUGUAUUUUCUCUUUGGCUUAGUGAACAGAUGGCAGAGAUAUUAUUAAUUUGUUUUACAUUUCAUAAACUACUUGUAAAUUUUAUUAAUUUAUACUUAGAAUAUAUAAAUGUAUUGAUUAUAUGAGAUUUUCUUUUCACUGUAGUGUUUUACCUGUCUGUAGUACAUUUUAGGACACAAAUAUUCAAAAUAAUCUGAAUAUAUAGCAUUGUCUCCAAUAUUCUGGACAGCUCAAGAAAGACAGUUUUUUUUCUUAAGUGUUACAGUUUAUUAGAAGAUUCAACAUGGCAGCUUCCUAAAUGCUUAAAAAGAAAAAUGAACACACAUUUCGUUAUGUAGUUUAGAGGUGAAUUUUGUAUGAUUUUGUGUAUUCUUAUCUAAACAUUGUUACACACUUCCCUUUGAAACUGAAAAGAAAUUUGAAAUGAUUUUUUUCCAUAUUGCUUUUUAUGCCCAAAUUUUAUAGUGUGAUAUAUUGUCAUCCCUGAUAGAAGUUAAUGUUCAUACAGUUGUUUCCUCAAAAUUCUUUAGUCCCCAGGAAUAUGUUUGGAAAGAAUAACAAUAUCAAUUCCAUCUUUUUCUACACCUUCUAUUUAAUAAUGUUAUUAAUUCCAUCUUUUGCUAUACCUUGUAGUUAGUUACCCAAUUGCUUUGAGUAUUCUUUUCAGAACUAGGAAAAUUUGCCGAUCUUUGAAAUUAAGUGGAGAAACUUAAGAAUAAUGUUGUGUUACAUAGUCAUGUGUUUACAUGUUUUAUAGAUGUGUUUUUUGUUGUGUUACAUAGUCGUGUAGUGAAAAACUAAGUAUACGAGAGUAUUAUGAUUCAUGCUUUCUCAUGUUUAUGAGAUACUUCUCAUACCUUCAGUUGCAAAAGGUAGCUUAACUAUAAACACAACAUGUUAGACCAUAACUGAAAUGUCACCUUUAGCCCCGUAUAUAGUAAAUUACUGUACAUACCAUAUAUGAUAGAUCACAUAAUAGAACAAAGCACACUGUUGUAUCUAUAGCUUAAUGCUGCACUGCAUAAUACCACUUUAGGUAUGUGCAAGUAUUUUACAUAUGUCCAAGCACAUAACACAAUAUUUACACAUUUACAUUAUAUACUUACAUACAAAUCACUACACAUUUAUAUAUACACCACUACACACUUCAACAAGCAAAUUAUUAUCAAAUAUGCCUUUCAUUGGCAGCUUGCACAGAUGCAAAAUAAACACUUGCAAUGCAAUCUACAUCUACGUCACUACAUGUUUGCACAAUUAUAUCCCUUAUUCUGGAUAUUUACAUAAGUACAUUACUAACCGUUUAUAGAUUUUCACACAUUCGUGUGAACAAAUCACUGCCUAUUUAUACUAGCACUGCACUACAGAUGUAUUAUAUAAAUAAUUACUACACAGAAAACUUCUGCAACUGCACAUAGGUAUCACAAAUCACUGCUUAUUUAUACUAGCACUGCACUACAGAUGUAUUAUAUAAAUAAUUACUACACAGAAAACUUCUGCAACUGCACAUAGGUAUCUUGUAGAAAACAGCCUUUACUUUCCAUUUGUGUGUAUAUUUUAAGUUAUGCACAUUUAUAAUUUUCUACAUUCUCAUCUAUUUAAUGCAUAGCUACCCAGUUUUAUAACUUUCUUUAUGUAACUCCAAAUAAAGAUUGUUCUAUAAAUAUUAACAUGCUACUUUAAAGUGUUCUUUCACUCACCAUGUUAAGUAAAAUAAAACAUUGGAGACAAGACCUUGUUCUAUAAUUGCAUCAAAUAAUAUAUACAUCACCCACAUUAUGAACCUACAUCUAAAUAUUUUUCAAUUGAGGAGUGAUUACACCAAAGAACAGUACAAUAAAACUUAACACGAUCUUCAAAAAACACGUGAAAAUACAGUGAACAAAACAAAACCAGUGUAGAACAGAGGGAUUUUCUGAAGUGCUAGGACUUUUUGUCCAUCCAUACAAGUACACUUGCUGUAUUUAGUGUAUGCUGUAAAAAAGUAUCUGUGCCAAUAAGAGUAACUCCAUCAGAACUUCCAGUUAUCCAGAGUUCCUUGAAUAAUUUGUGUUUGUGUUAAUGUUUGUAUAUAAAUAUAUACAUAUAUAUCUAUGUAAUGAUUUCAGUAGGAGUUAUAUCCACUUGUGUGCCAUAACUGAACCUCCCCACUUUUAAUCAUGACACUGUUGAGAUCUGGUUACUUGAGGAGAUUCAAAAUGUUUGUUGACCUUUCUUUUUUUUUCAAUAUUUAAGGCUUUUUUUUACUUUUACAUAGCAACUUUUGUUUCUGUCAGUUGCUAUGAAAGUUAAAGUUAUAAAAUUGGAGUUAUUUUAAAGAAAAGCAUAUUUCAACAUUUACAGUAGAGUACGUUUGUUAUAUUUAGCUCUAAAUAAUGGAUUUCUUUGUCAAAAUUCAAUAUGCUUUCUUGAAGAAAUAGUGUAGUAUAAACCUUUUGUUGUGUAAUAAGUUAUAUGUGUAUAAUACAGUAGGUCUUUAACAACUUAAAAAUUGAGAAUGCGAGUUUUAAUGGGCUUAAAAAGAGUUGAAACUCAAUCUAACAAUAAUUAAAGAAAUUACAGUGUUAUAAUUAGUUGGGAAGAGCUGAAACUGAGUAUAAUAUUUAAUUAUGUUUAUUGUGAUUGGUUGAAAAAAAGAGUUCAAACUAAACAUGCAUUUGAUAGUCUUUUGUAAUUUGUUGUGAAAAGCUGAAAAUAAUGCGAGUAAUUGAAAUGGUUUUGUUUGGUUAAGAAAAGCAGAAAUCAAGUCUAAAACUUGAGACUGGUGUUAAUGAUUAGAAAAAGGUAAAACUCCAUAUAAUGAUUUAGCACUAGAAACUACUUAAUGUAAUUGAUUUGGAGGAACUCAAACCGAGUCUUACAAUUGAGAGUGUUUGUUGUAACUUCAUAUGGUUACAUGAGCUGUGACUAUUGGAAGAAGUUGAAUCCGAUAGCCUAUUAAUAUUAUAUACAGCUGAAGGUGUCUAUAAGAAGCUGUUUCUAGAAUUAGCUCGUUUCAUACUAUUAAUAAAGUUACUUCUCUCCAAGACUUUAUUUUUUAUUACUAUUUUAACUGUCUGGGUUAUACGAAAUAAAACUUGUUCAGUUUGAGAGAAAUGUGUUACAUUACUUACCUCGGUGUUUAGUACUACUAUAACAGGAAAAAAAUAAAGACUGUGUACAGUAAUAGGCUUAGUAAGCUGAAAGUUAACGAGCGUGCCAUUGUAAGCAACAUCUUGAUCAGGGUGUGGUUUAUUUUGUUUAAAAUCGUCUCUUGUAUUUUAAUAACAACUCUUGUUGUGACUUUACAGCGAAGUGAAAUAAAAACGUACGAUAUUU